AUGGCGACGAAGUUUGUUAUCGGCGUCCACCUAGAAGACAUGCUGGAGACGGGAACAAGUGUCGCGGUUGUCCAGAGCUUCUUCACGAUCCUGGCGUCACUGUCAAUGAAAGACAUCAGUCACGUCCAUAAGAUCCUAGGGAUGCGGGUGAAGAUUAGGAGCAACGGCGCAUUUCGCAUCGAUCAGGAGGAGGCGAUUAAGGAGCUCCUGCACGCACAGAGACAACAAGCGCGGGCGGUGGUGCGACGACACCGCGAUCAAGUUGCCCUUCGGGAGCCUGAUGUUAUUCGCGCGGUGCUAGAGGCUAUUCAUUGUCGUUGUGGUGCACAAGGCGACCAGGAAGAUUAUGCGAUGCAGGUUAUCCACUGGGAGCUAGCCAAGUGCAUUGCGCGGUAUCUCAAGGACACCGCGGCGCUCAAGCUUGAGAUUACGCUGGCGCGAACGAGUCGCGACGCACUGCAGCUCAAAGAUCAAAGAUAUGCCUAA